GUCGGGCUGCGGUUUUUGCUGCCUAUCUGGGGAGGCAAUGCUGCCUAUCUAGGGGGCAUGCUGCUUGCUAGGCAACACCCUGCCGGGAUCCGACUGCGGUAGUUAGCUCUCCCUGGCCCUGAAGCCGUUGCCAGGGCGCCAGUUCUCCGUCCGGACCAGCCAGCGCUCCCCGGGAGUCUCAUUGAAACAGAACCAUGGGUCAUCCCCCGCUGGAGUUCAGCGACUGCUACCUGGACAGCCCUGAUUUCCGCGAGAGACUCAAGUGUUAUGAGCAGGAACUGGAGAGGACCAACAAAUUCAUCAAAGACGUGAUCAAAGAUGGCAACGCGCUUAUCAGCUCUAUGAGAAAUUAUUCCUCUGCUGUUCAGAAAUUUUCCCAGACGCUGCAGUCAUUUCAAUUUGAUUUCAUUGGAGACACUCUGACUGAUGAUGAAAUUAAUAUUGCUGAAUCCUUCAAGGAAUUUGCUGAAUUGCUCAAUGAGGUAGAAAAUGAGAGGAUGAUGAUGGUACACAAUGCUAGUGAUUUGCUGAUUAAACCCUUGGAAAAUUUCCGGAAGGAACAAAUAGGCUUCACCAAGGAGCGGAAAAAGAAAUUUGAAAAGGAUGGUGAGAGGUUUUAUUCUUUACUGGAUCGGCACUUACACCUGUCUUCAAAAAAGAAAGAAUCUCAGUUACAAGAGACAAGAAAUCAUUUCUCCAGUACCCGGGAAGAGAUGGAAGAACUUAAGAAAAGGAUGAAAGAAGCUCCCCAGACAUGCAAACUUCCAGGACAGCCCACUAUUGAAGGCUAUCUCUAUACACAAGAGAAAUGGGCUUUAGGAAUAUCCUGGGUGAAAUACUAUUGCCAGUAUGAGAAAGAGACCAAAACACUCACCAUGACGCCUAUGGAACAGAAGCCAGGUGCUAAGCAGGGGCCCUUGGACUUAACACUGAAGUACUGUGUGAGAAGGAAGACGGAGUCUAUCGACAAGAGGUUCUGUUUUGAUAUAGAAACUAAUGAAAGGCCAGGAACCAUCACUCUGCAGGCCCUUUCAGAAGCUAACAGAAGGCUAUGGAUGGAAGCCAUGGAUGGGAAAGAACCUAUCUACCACAGCCCUAUAACAAAACAGCAAGAAAUGGAGCUAAAUGAAGUGGGCUUCAAGUUUGUCAGGAAGUGCAUCAAUAUUAUUGAGACCAAAGGGAUCAAGACAGAAGGGUUGUACCGCACUGUGGGCAGCAAUAUUCAGGUUCAGAAGCUGCUGAAUGCCUUUUUUGGUAACAAUUUUACUUUGAUAAUUCUUACUGGGAGUACUUUAUGUGUUACAAAGAAAUGUGACUGGAAGAGAAAGGAGACACUGCUAAACAAUGUGGUAGAGUAG